AUGACCCUUUGGUUGAUGACUGCGUGUAUCUAUCCAUGUAUUUUAGGUCCCGAUUUUUGGGGCCUAAUAAAUAAAGAUUGGAAAAUGUGCUCUGUUGGUCGUAUGCAAUCGCCAAUUAAUAUUGACCCAAAAGUUUUACUUUAUGAUCCUAAUUUAACGCCUGUUGAAAUGGAACCUACAAAGGUAGAUGCAACUUUGGAGAAUACGGGUCAACUGCCGUUGGUAACUAUCAAUGAUUCUUUAACAGUUAAAAAAAAUGUAAAUAUUAGUGGAGGACCGACAUUUCCGUAUACGUAUCGGUUACAUUACUUAACGUUUCACUUUGGUAAGGCAUCAGAAAGUGAACGUGGUUCAGAGCACACAAUUGACAAAACCAGAUUUCCAGCCGAGAUUCAGAUGCUUGCAUACAAUACGGAUUUGUAUGCAAAUUUUUCUGAAGCAAUGACUCGACCUCAUGGACUUUUGGCAAUUGCUGUUAUUGUUGAUAUUGGCGCUGUUACAAAUCCAGAACUUAAACGAUUAACUGUUGCUUCACAAAGUAUUCGUUAUAAAGGGUCAACAGCAGUGAUGAAACACUUUUAUGCUCGUGGAUUUUUGCCGCGUAGUACUGACUAUAUCACUUAUGAGGGUUCAUUAACAUAUCCGGGAUGCUAUGAGACUGUUACAUGGGUGUUAAUGAAUAAUCCAAUCUACAUACAGACUGAAGAUCUGCUGUUCUGGAGUGAAAUUCAGACCGAGAAAGAGGAUGCAGUUAAUCCGGCAAUGAUGACUUCCAAUUAUCGUCCAUUAAGAGCACUUAAUGGACGCUUAAUUCGUACCAAUAUUAGCAUUAAGCAAAAGAAUGAUUCAUUACAAACAUGCCUCAGUAACAUCUAUGUUGAUCUCGGUUAUCGGGCUAACCCAGAUCGUGUUGUGAUGUCCAGUGCUGUAUCCAAACAACGACGACAUUCGGCGUUAACAACAGGAAAUGCUGAAAUGAUUCAUCGGCAUAGUUUUGAAUCGUCGUCAAACAUUGACAGUUAUCAUCAACCGUAUGAAUACAUUCAUAACUUCUAA